AUGACUUCUCUGUGGAUUCCGUUCUGCUUUGCCGUCAUUAACACAGUCUUCUGCUGUGAGGUUCCUGCAAUUCCUCCAGUCAUCAGCAGCUAUUCCAGGAUUGUGAAUGGUGAGGAAGCAGUGCCUCAUUCCUGGCCCUGGCAAGUGUCUCUGCAGGAUGUGAAAGGUUUCUGCUUCUGUGCUGGCUCUCUAAUUAAUGAUUGGUGGGUUUUAUCUGCUGCCCACUGCAAUGUCAGAACUUCCCAUCAUGUGGUCCUGGGAGAGCACAAAUGUUCUGCUGAUUGUCGGGAUGAGGUAAAGGCGAGUGAGGAUCCAAAUGCAGUUAUAAAACACCCCAGGUUUGAUUCCAUCACCCUUGACAAUGACAUCCUUCUGAUAAAGAUGGCCUCCCCUGCCCAGUUCACCGCUCAUGUGUCUCCUGUGUGUAUGGCUGAGACCAGUGAUCAUUUCCCAGCUGGAAUGCAGUGUGUGACUGUAGGAUGGGGUCUGAACAGAUACAACUGUAAGUCGUCUUCUCCUGUUCUCCAGCAGGCAUCACUGCCUCUACUCACCAAUGAUGAGUGCCAGCGUUGCUGGGGUGGUGUCAUUACUAAAGCGAUGGUUUGUGCCGGAGCUUCUGGCAUCUCCACCUGCAUGGGUGACUCUGGUGGCCCUCUGAUGUGUAAAAAGUCUAGAGCCUGGACCCUGGUUGGUAUCAUCUCUUGCGGAAACAGUACGUGUAACACUGCCACCCCUGGAGUCUAUACCCAUGUCACUGAGCUCCAUUCCUGGAUAGACCAGACCAUCGCUGAUAACUAG